AUGUCGAAUACGGGUAUCAGCGCGGAAACCCGGGGUCUCCAUUGCUUGACUGAACCCCAGUAUGAGAGCGCGGAGACAUGGCUGACUGUUUUGCUCCUCCGCAUCAUGUGGGCGUGUCCGACGGCCAGCCCUACGGGGCACGACAGUGACAGGUACUUUGAGAUGGGACCGUCUCGAGGACAGAAGACGUAUCCCAGAAUGGAAUUCUUCUAUUGGUGA